AUGGCGGACGUAGCGGCGGCAACGCAGCAACAGCAACAACCACAGCGCAAGUCUGCGGAGGGCACUUCAGGAGCAGAGACCAGCGCGAAGGAUGCUUCAUCAGGUGUCGCUGCGGUCGAGAAACCGGGAGAUGCGCUCCCUGAAGCUCAAUCCCAACCUCAACCUCCAGCUGCGGCUUCAACAACGAACGGCGAAACCACCACGCAACCUCCCACCACAGACACCGCACCAAACGGCGCAGCCCAAGGCGAAGGCAAGACGACGCCCACGCUCGAAAAGGACAUCGAGCUCGACUUCGCGGGCAACGUCGACGUAAACGACGACCUCCCCUCGCAAGCCACCCUCGACAAAGUCGGCGAUCUCGUCAUCCUCGACUCCGCAGGGCAGUCGCGGCCGUUCAAAGAGCUAUACUCAGGCCCCGGCGUCGCGCCCCGGCAGCUCAUAAUCUUCAUCCGGCAUUUCUUCUGCGGCAACUGCCAAGAAUACCUCCGCAGCCUCUCCGCCUCCAUAACCCCCGACUCCCUCCUCUCCCUCCCGACCCCCACCUUCAUAACCAUAAUCGGCUGCGGCCGGCCCUCGCUAAUCGACAUGUACGUCCGCGAGACGUCGUGCCCGUUCCCCGUGUACGCGGACCCGACGCGCCGGCUGUACGACCACCUGGGCAUGACGCGGACGUUCGACCUGGGCCGCAAGCCCGAGUACAUCUCGUCGAAUCUGCUCGUGACGAGCGUGCAGAGUAUAGUGCAGGGGAUCAAGACGGGAAACAAGGCGCUGCAGGGAGGGGAUUUCAAGCAGGUUGGCGGGGAGUUUCUGUUCGAGGGCGGGGAGGUGAAGUGGGUGCAUAGGAUGAGGAAUACGAGGGAUCAUGUUGAGGUUGGGGUGGUGAGGGAGUUGUUGGGGCUGGAGAAGGUAGAGGGGGGGAGUGGAAGGGGGAGUAGGAGUGGGAGUUUGAAGGGAGCGGGGAUUAGGGGGAGGGCGAGUAGUUGGGGGAAGGUGGUUAGGGGCGCGUCGUUGAAGGAUAGGGAGAAGGAUAAGGGGGUUGGGAAGAAGGUUGAGCCGGCGGUCAAGGAGAGUGAAGGGGAGGUUGUGGAGAAGGUGUAG